AUGAUCCUCAAUCCCCAGCAAAAGAGACCACAAGCGCACUGCAGAGGCAAACGACAGCCGAAGCUGCGCCCCGCGCUGCAAACCCACAGGAGCGUGCUGUUCGUACUCGUGCUCCUCCUCGUCGCAACGCUGACAGUUCCACCUGCGCGUGCACAUGUUUUCGAUCGUUGUGACACCUCAAGUUAUGCUGUAUUUCCCACAUCGUUCUCGUUUGACCAUGCACAGACGCUACGUAACUACUCUGCUGCAAGCGAUGGCUCGUGGGCCCAGCUCGCCAUGCAAGUCGACGCAGACGGACUCUGGGAAGUGCACGCCUUCGUUCGCUGUGGCUUCAAUACCACCGAGCACCCCGACUUUAACAGCACCGGGAUGGUCACGCAAGUCCAUGCGGUUCCUCCCCGCGGACUGGCGCUCACCGAUACCCUCCAGGCGGGAUAUGUUGGUUACGGGAUUGUUCGACCGUACGCGAUUCGCGCUUUCCAGGAACCAGACUAUUUAACUGGCACCUUAUUUAAGGCGCUUGCAGAGGUAGGAUACAUCCAUGGUUGGGCUUGUAAUGCCAGCACUCCAGGGUCGCUGUGCGGCGCCCCGUACGCUGUUGGCUGUACACCCACGACACAGGAGUUCAUCGAGCCGGGCACAUACGCCUGUGCCGGUGACUUUGGAAACCUCACGCAUCUACAGCGCCUAUUGGAGAACACCAGCCUGAACAUUGACGUUUUCAUUGUGUCGCAGGUGGACGCUGACUGGAGACAAGUUCUCCGGAACGGAACCCUGCGUCCUGCAGAACAAAAUGUAUCCGUUCUCUUCCUUGGUGAGGACUACGAAUCGACACCACUCGGUCGAGCGGAAUACGUCAAGCUCUUCGGCUUGCUGUUUGGUAUUCCAACCCAGACGUCUGAACAGUUUCGUGAUAUUGUCCGGAGCUACGAGGAAGCCAAAGGUCUAGCGCAGACCGCAGAGCGUCGUCCUUCGGUUUUGUACGGCUACGCUUACGACUCGACUUUCUAUUUCGGCUCCAAGUACCAAGCAACCUUCAUUCGAGACGCCAACGCUUAUUAUGUGUUUGGAGAAAACGACGAGGAACUGCCUCAGGAACUUGCCUACUGUUUUGACAACGGAAUCGCGCUCGGAAAGCCGGACACCGGCCUCAACCUCACCUUGUUGGGCGCGAAUAGCUCGCAGUUCUGGACCGGGUUUUCGAUCACAACGCCGACCGAGAAGACGGUGGCUCAAGUGCUUCAGAACUACACCUACGCCCGGAACUGGACGGCAGUUCUCUGUGAUAAUCUGUUUGAUGCCACAAAAUAUACGGACCCGAACCCCAUCUUCGAGCAGGGUGUUCUGCGGCCGGAUCUGAUCCUCCGGGACCAGAUCCGUAUCUUCCACCCCGAACUCGAACCAGAAUAUGUUUUCAACUUCUAUCGGCACAUGGAACCGAGUGGAUUGCGAACUUGUCCGAUUGUGACUCCUGUUCCGAGUAGCCGCGCUGGCGUCCAUGUGCAGGCGGCUUACAUGGUGCGCGGUAUUCCACGGGUGCUGGUGGAGUCACAACAACAGCGGUUGCGCGACAUGCUUGUCGAGCUUCUCGGGAUUCACGGGAAGCACAUCUCUCUCUGGUAUCCAACAAAUGCUUCGCGCUGGCUCUCGAACGCUGUGGACGCGGCUGGGGUGCAAGUGAACCAAUCGCUCGUCCGCAAUGCGAAUGGUUCAGUAUUUCUUGUUCUGCAGGUUUACACCCCGGAGUCUCGCGACCUCGCCAGUACCAUGGAGCGAGCUGACGUCGCUCUGAUGCUUCAGCAGACGCUGCGAAGCCUGGGCGUAUUGUAUGCGAACGCAACGCUUCUGGCAGUCACCUCACCAAUACAGAACUACGUCGGCGCUUCUGGUAGUCUCGGGAACGGUCUGCCAACAGGUGCAAUUGUCGGUAUCGUGAUCGGGACGUUUAUCGGAGGCGUCAUCAUCACUGCCUUGGGUGCUUUCAUGUUUAUCGAGACGCGCUAUCGAAAGCGGAAGCGACGUAUCUGGCGAAGCGGAGCAUAG